CCCAGCCGAAGCCUCCGCGCCCACGGUUUCCACCCCCGUCUCCACAUCCCCACACUCCCGCGCCACUUGCACCGCCCGGUUUCCCCGAAGCGCCUCGUGGCGACAUCUAUAUAGCCGCGUGCUCGGAGGUCUUGGCCGCCGGCUACGACAGACAAGCCACCGGAGUUCGAGGGGAAGACACCGAAGAGGCGUAGCGCGAAGGAAUUUAUAGGCCACGGAAUGGGCGGCGCUGGCGCGGCGGGGAAGCGCGGGAUGCGGUGCGAGCUCUGCGGGGGCGCGGCGGCCGUGCACUGCGCCGCGGACUCGGCGUUCCUCUGCCUGCGCUGCGACGCCAAGGUGCACGGCGCCAACUUCCUGGCGUCAAGGCACCUGAGGCGCCGCCUGGGGGCACCCGCGGCGGCCGGGUCCGGGGCGUCCUCGGCGUCGUCCGCGUCGAGCAGCUCCUGCGUGUCCACGGCCGACUCCGCGGCGUCGCCGUCUGCUGCUGCGGUGGCGGCGGCGAGGGUGGGGCGCAAGCAGCGGCGGCGGCCGCGCGCGGAGGCGGUGCUGGAAGGGUGGGCGAAGCGGGUGGGCUUCGCGGCGGGUCCCGCGCGCCGGCGCGCCGCGGCGGCCUCGCGCGCGCUCCGGUCGCUGGGCCGGGGCGUGGCCGCGGCCCGCGUCCCGCUCCGCGUCGCGAUGGCCGCGGCGCUCUGGGCGGAGAUCAAGACCUCCGCCAACGCCGCCGGCGGCGCGUGCCAGGGAGGCGGGGAGGCCGCGCUGCUCCGGCGGCUGGAGGCGACCGCACACGUGCCGGCGAGGCUGGUGCUCACCGUGGCGUCGUGGAUGGCGCGCGCGGCCGCGGCGAGCCGGCCGACGCCCGCCGCCGCCGAGGAGGAGGAGGGCUGGGCCGAGUGCUCCUAACCGACCUAUCCGCGCAGGGCCCAGCGCCCUGCCAUGGCGGCAUGGCCCACUGCCCAUCCAUUGCUGUUGCUGAACCAGCAAGUGGCCGAGCCUGAUCCUCUGAGAUAGGCUGCGCGUAGCAACAUCAUGUGGGCAACGUUCGUUUGUUCUUUUCCUCCCUCCCUAAUUAAGAAUUAACAAUACCAUCAGGGUCCAGGAAUCUUGUGGUUAGGAGGGCCAAGAUGAGGUCCAAAUGGCUGGUAUGGGGACAUGAGAGUGUAAGGUGGUGGCUGCCUCUCUCUCUCUCUCUCUCUUGUGGUUAACAAAAAGGCUACUUGAUUUGAUUUGAUUUGAUUACACU